AUGAUGUGGACAGGAAGGAACUCCAGGGCCAUUGUGGUUGCUGUGGUCUACCUCAGCUUGUUUCUGGACAACGUGCUGCUCACAGUUGUUGUGCCGAUUAUUCCCGAUUACCUUUGCACCCUGGACGGGAACUCGACGACAAACGGCGAAGACGAUGAGAACGGUCGAGUGGGAUUAUUGCUGAGCUCGAAGGCGCUGGUACAAUUAAUACUAAAUCCAGCCGUGGGCACACUUACCGGUACUUUGGGAUACACCAAGCCAUUGUUCCUCGGGAAUUUAAGUCUACUAUUGGCGGCGAUGCUGUUCGCAUUCGGGCAAACAUACGAAGUGCUGUUCCUGGCUCGAAGCGUUCAAGGUAUCUCAUCAGCGUGCAUUGGUGUUUCCGGUAUGUCGCUGGUUGCCUCGCAAUACCCAGAAGAGGACAAGAGAUCGAAGAUCAUGGGCUUCGUUCUUGGAAGCAUCGCGCUGGGCGUUCUCGUUGGAUAUCCAAUUGGAUCUGUGCUUUACGACCUCGAAGGGAAAAUGGCGCCGUUCUUGUUGGUGUCUUGUUUCAUCGUGGUCACCAUUUGUCUACAGGUUUUCACGUUGGACGUUGAAACCAAAACUGAGUCCAGCGAAGAAGGAACAUCUUGGACACACUUACUAUCUGACCCACACAUACUCAUUAUUUUUGGAGCAAUAUGGUGUUCCACGUCACCGAUGGCCAUCUUGGAACCCUGUUUACCGAUCUGGCUACGAACUCACAUAAAACCCAAGAAAUGGCAAUUGGGAACAGUAUUCAUUCCAGACAGCGUUGGCUAUCUAAUUGGGACCAACUUUUUCGGCAUGAUAGCCUAUCGCUAUGGACGUAGCAAAAUCGCUGUUCUAGCUAUGUUCGUGGUUGGAAUAAGUACCUUUCUAAUACCAUUCGCUGGAACAAUGUCACAACUAAUAAUCCCACACUUGGGAAUGGGUUUAGGCAUCGGUGUAGCAGACGCUGCUUUGGUACCAUUAUUGGCCAGCUUGGUGGACCAAAAUGGCGACUACGGUCCCGUUUACUCGAUUCAACAAGUGGCCGUCAGUCUGGCCUACUCUCUUGGACCAAUUCUGGGCGGCGAAAUGGUAAAGUCGAUUGGCUUUCAAUGGGUGAUGCGAAUCGUCGGUUUAAUGAACAUCGGCUACUGCCCGCUGCUAAUAUACCUCACCUUGGAAAGGAGGAAAUUACUGACGCAGCGGGAUGAAAAGAGGGAUUAUGAGACCUUCCAGAAAUCGGUGGCAAAGUACGAACGCUUUCAAGACUCUGACGACGACCUCUGA